GGCGAAUACGUCCUCCUAUCCUCAUUCAAAGCUCUUGAUCGGCGCAGAAAAAUGUGCCCUUAUUUCUGGGCCGCAUAUCCAGAUUCUUGAUACUCAGUCAGGACAGCUCCUUUUUUCUACUGCCUCGUUCGAGGACUCGGCAAAAGAAGCUAUCGUGAAAUCUGGUCCAAUUCGUUGCGCAGCGGUUGACGAGGCCUUCGUGCACCUCGCCACGACAGGAGAUGACAAGAAACUGAAGGUGUGGGCGGUGGAUGGGCUCAGACUGCUCAGCGAAAGAGAGCUUCCCAAAAAGCCCACGCAGGUGUCCUUCAUUCGUAAAGGCCGGUUCAUACUUGUUUCCGAUAAGUUUGGCGAUGUAUUCAGAUAUCCUCUCACACCUGUACCAAAACAACAACCAGCAACUGAAUCAGAUGUCAAGCGCGACCCCCUCGCCUCUCAUGAAAAUCCGUCCGACGGCCACCUAAUCUUAGGACACACUUCCCUGCUCACUUCCUUCUGUCUACCAUCGGACGAAAAGUACAUUAUCACAGCUGAUCGUGACGAGCAUAUACGGGUGAGCUGGUACCCGCAAGGCUAUUGCAUCGAGAACUAUUGCUUGGGUCACGAAAAAUACGUCUCUGCCAUUCAUAUUCCCGCCUUCUUACCCUCGUCACUCGUCUCUGGUGGAGGCGAUCCUGCGCUUAAAAUCUGGGACUGGCAGCAUGGCACCGUCGUCUGUGAGAUCCCCGUUCUCGAGGCUAUAAAGCCGUUCAUCAGAGUACGAGCGAAAAAAAGGAAAUGGGGGGAUG